GGAAAGACUGGGUCACAAAUAUAAACAUUCAACCAAUUACUUCAAUCGAAGAGGAAAAAAGACAUGAACGGACUCCUUAUAUAUGCGUUUCUCAUCUUGAGGAUCUCGCAAUCUCACGGAAGUACCGUGCUUCAAGGAGACGUCCAUCUUGCAGGGUUGUUCCAAAUAUUUAGAGAUGGGGAUUGUAAGAAUGAUAUACUAACAAUGUCUGUUCGAAACUUUGAGGCUGUAAAAUGGACACUUAACAAGCUAAAUCAGGAUAAUUAUAUCCCGGGAAUAAAACUUGGUAUAGAAGCCUUCCCAACAUGCAAUAUCAAGGGGAGAGCUGUAGAAUACACCAGUAAAAUAGUCAUCAGAAAACUUCAGGAUAAAACCAAUCAAAAUUUAGUGCCAAUCAUAGGAAUAAUCGGUCCAGAGUACAGUGGAGAAGCUGUAGACACUUCUUUAUAUAUCAGUUCCUUGGAAAACAAAAACAUGCUCAUACAAACACUUUUCUCUGCUACUUCCUCAUCACUGAGAGAUCGAAAUAAAUAUCAAAAUAUUGUCAGACUCGUUCCAGAUGAUUCUAAACAAGUAUCUGUCAUCACAUCUCUAUUACAAAAACUUGAAUGGAACUACAUUGGUGUAGUUUACGAAAACAAUACAUACGCGCGGGGUAACUAUGAAGAUUUUAAAAUUCAGACUCAGUCAAGAAAAAUAUGCAUUGCAUACGCUUCAGCAGUAUCUAUAGAAAAUGGUCUUCCAAAUUCCCAAGACCUACAGUCAGUUUUAGAGUCCAUGAUUUUUUAUGCUGAAAGUAGAAUAACAGGAGUAGUAGUAUUUGCGUCAACCAAAACUGCCAAAGUGUUUCUCAAUGUUGCCAACAAACUCAAAGAUCAGUACAAUUUUCAACUUGGAAUGAUCUUUUCUGAUGGAUCCUCUGUUAUAGACAAAGUGACUUUAAACCAGUAUCGUGUAGCAAAAGGUUCUUUUUUCACUGGUCCUCCAUGGUUGACUUUUGAGAGUUUUAAAUUGCAUUGGUCGAAUAUUUUGACUAAUAAAACUAUUUUCAGUCAGGAAAUGUCGUCUAAUUCAUGGUUAGAGAAGGUUGUCGAGAAGAUUAUUUCUUGUGAUAUUCAGAAUCCUACCUGCUUGAUGCCAACGUUAGCUGACGUAGAUUCUGUCACUGGUUACAAUGUAUUUGAAGGUUAUGCAAUUUUGUCCACUAUCAUGCAAGCCAAACUUCUCAAAGACCUCCAAAGAGAGGAAUGUGGAGAAACAGAGGGUUUGUGCAGCAAUCUUAAUAGUACGUUGUGGGACAAUACUUACAAACUUGUAGAAAGAGGUAAAAAUACAAGUAUAAGUCUUCAGGAAGAAAUGCCUGAUGGUUUACGACAAAACCUAAGAAUAGUUUUUAAUGGACAAACUGAAGCUAAUUUUAGAGGAGAUUUGGAUGAAUAUGAAGUUUAUCAUGUCCGAAAUUGCAUUCUCGAAGGUCAAGAAACGUGUUUAGAGAGGGUUGGAGGGUACAGCAAUAAAACGUUGAAUUUAAAAACAGACUUAUUGAGGGAUUACACGAAGAACGAAGAUGGAUUGGUUUGGCCGGAUAUCAUAAAGGCUCAGUGUGAUUCCCAAAAAAUAUGUGAAUCUUGCCGAAAUGGUAACUUGGCAAAUGAAGUUGUUUUUAAAAAAGGUGAUUUGUAUGUUGCUGCAGUGGUUCCUGUCUAUAACAAGGACGUACACAACAAUAUGAAGUGUGGUGAUAUUCGUACAGCAAAUGGGUGGGAAAUUAUAGAAGGCAUUCGUUUUGCAGUAGACACGGUGAACGAAAAACUUGGAAAUUAUAUCAAUAUGUUCGGCACAAAGAAGAUCGGAUAUGUCAUUUUUAACAGCUGUUACCAGCCGUUGCUAAUGCAAGCAAAACUUCUGAACUUUUUCAGGGAAGGCAUAUAUUUAUCCAAUGGUUCUCUAAUUUCAGAUAUAACAAAUAAUACUCUGGGAUUUGUUGCUGCAUAUAGCAGCGACAUCAGCAUAGCAACAGCCAGAAUACUUCAGGACUUUCAUCUUCCUCAAAUAAGUUACGCCUCUACUGCUGCUGUCUUAAGUGACAGAUCUACCUAUAAAUACUUCAUGCGCACGUGCACUCCUGACGACAAACAAGCACUUGCGAUGAUUAAUAUAGUGAAAUCACUCAAUUCUACGUACAUACAGAUUAUGUACAGUGAAGGAAGAUAUGGCGAAGGAGGAAGGAACGCUACUGUACGCGUAGCUAAAGAUAUGAAAAUAUGCAUUGCAAAUGAAAUCAAAGUUCGAGAAAAUGAUUACACAAAGAUUCGUGAUAAUCUUCAAAAAACGCCGUAUGCUACAGUUGUCCUCCUUUUUUUGGGAUAUCAUGUUGUAAAAGACGUUAUGUCUGAACUACAUGAAAGAAUAAAUCCUUGGUCAUAUCUGUUCAUAGGUUCUGACGAGUUUGGAUCAAGACAAGAUAUAAUUGAUGGUAAAUUCAAGCUAGAAGGAACCAUAUCUUUGUCCCUACAAAUGAAGCCUUUAACUGGGACAUCUAAAUUUGAGAGUUAUCUACAUGAUAGGCUCGCCGACCUUAACAACGAAGUUAACCCCUGGACACAAGAGUAUUUUGAACAGAAAAAUGCUUGUUUUAUGCCGGGUAGCUUUAACAAACGGUCAGCUAAACAGUGUGCUGGUGUUCAGGAAGAAUAUAACAACCAAGACUAUCAACCAGAAGUAUGGACUGCCUUUGCUAUCAAUGCCAUGUUUUCUCUUCUGCAAGGAACAAAUAAAUCUUUUGCUGAUCUCUGUGGAAGCCAGUCCUCUAAUUUAUGUCAAAGGUAUCGAGAUUCUCCACAACAAGUCUACGAUACAAUAAAGAAUGAAAAACUGGUGAUUGAUGAUAGUGGGAUUCCAUCCAAAGUUUUUGACGAAAAUGGUGAUGGUAAUAUAGGAUACAAAAUAUAUCAAGUCCAGAGAAAGUCCUCAGAUCCAAGUGAAUUGAUAUUCGUAGAAAUAGGUCGAUUUACUUUAGAAGAGGGUGGAUACUCGGUAUUUGAGAAGAGAAUAAAAGAUCCCUUUAAAACGCUACCUUCAGUGUCGCCCAAUCCCUCAUUGAAUCAAAGAUGUCAAGAACAGAUUGGCAAUCAACCUUUGUUGAAGGGCGAGGACAGCUCAAAUGUACCAGUAAUUUUAGGCAUACUCUUUGGAGUAGCUGUUUUAGCACUAGUGGUUAUAAGCGGAGUCCUGUUUAAAGUCGUUCGUGCUUCUUAUUCUAAUUCCAGACACCGCUCAGAGGAUAACAUUUACCUUCAUCCAUUUUCGAGAAAUAAAAGAGCUGAUUCAGGCUACAUUAUAAAUCCAAAUGUUGAAGAUGAACAGCAUAUGGAAUGAAAUCUUCGGACAAACAGGGACUUAUCAAGAAGGAAAAAAAUAUCUAUAUUUUUUUUUUUUUUAGAUUUUAAGAACAAUUUCAGAUAAGGUUUUUUAUGAAUUAUAGAAUAUAAAAAUAUUUUUUUUCGAAUACAAAUGUAUUUAUACCGUACUGCAAUUAAUACGUGAGAAAAAUUUGAGACUGAAGAAUUAAAAUACAGUGUAUAAGAAUUCGACAUAAAACAAAAAAGAGAAUUGUUAAUUGAAAUUUCAGUAAAAAAAAACAGUAACAGCGAAGGAGGUAAUUUUAAUAUCAAGCACUUUUACCUUGGUCAUAACUUUUAUACCAGAACACAGUUGCUUUCAAAAUAAAUAAAUAUUUUUACUGCACGAUGGACAGACAAGCAAAGAAAAGGUUUAAUUGUUUUAAUUAAUUUGGUAUAGUUAUUUUCAAUGCAAAUCUUUUUGUUUUCUUCAGAAUUGUUUUGGAGCAAUUCUCAGUCUGCAAUAUUUGCUAAAGCGAGUAUAUGGGAGACAUUCUAACUGUGGUGAGGGCUUGUCCCGAAAAACAGAUUAUUCUAAGUGACAAACCAUAUAUAGAGCAAGUUCGAUUUUUUAAAUAUAUUUUUUAAUCAUGUAAAAUGAGCUGUUUUGAACAAAGCACGCAUGUAUGUAUAAUGACAUUGAUAAACGUCUCUAUUUGUAAGAAAGAUCAACUUCAUUCCAAGACGUUUCACUCAUAAACAAGUACAUGUAUAUAUCUGGAAUGUCCACAUUUUAUGGGCACUUUUUCAUAAACAGGAUAUUAUAAAAUGACAUCUUAAAGAGAACAGGGGAAUCCGUUAGGGGACAUGUAUUACUUAUGCAAUACUCUAAGAAUGCUUGUAAAAUUUUGUUAAAACCUAACUGGUAGUCCAAAGCAACAUAACUGCCAUGUUUGUUUCCAAAGUUCAUAACAGACGCAUGAUAAGUGUAAAAAACUUGUUGUUUAUUUAAGUGAAGAAAAAUUUAAUCCAAAACAAGCUAAUUCAGAGAAUUUGCGUCUCCCGCUUAGGGAAAAAUUUUCCAUGUUCCUUGUAUAUGUUGUUUUUUUCCUUUUAAUACUUGUCUUUUCACUUUAUUAUUGUUUUUUGUUUUUUUCUCUCUUUUUAUUUUAUUUUUCCUUACUCAAUGUUAUUGCUUGAUUAAAAUUUAUUUGUCUUUUAUAAAUGUUACCCUUUCUUCAGUUUUGUAU